AAUAGCAACAGUGUCGAGCAAAUAAAUGCAAGGUCGGUCCACCGCGCUUGGCAUUGCGCAAGCGGCGAUUGCGCUUGGAACUGCCGUUUACUUCCCCAGAUGGUAUGGCUCCUUUGAGACCUCCCAUCCAGAAGCCUUGGAGGUCGCCGUGGUUAUGCUUGGGGUCCUGACCUUCGCGGUGUUGGCAAUCACCACACCACCCAACAUUCAUGGCAACAAGCUGCUUGGCCUUGCUUUCGGCGUCGGCGCAACUGCGAUGGGGGCGGUUUGCAGUCACGUGAUCAUUGUGUUCUUUGGCGCGCCAGUGUUUCAGUUGUCCUGGAAAACCUUCUUACUCGCCCUGGUGGUGUCCAUCCUCACCGUGCCCCAUGUGGCCCUGCACUUCCGUCCGUCCUCGACCGGCGCGUCUCCAUACAUCGACCUGCUCUUGCAUGCCAAGUAUCGCAACGCCAGUGAACUUCAACUGGCGUGGACGUCCAUUGGCACGGUGCUUGGCGCGUACAUCGGCACGGUAUUCAUUCCCCUCGAUUGGGAUCGACCGUGGCAGCAAUGGCCACUGUCUUGUGUGUACGGGGCCUUGUAUGGCCACGUGGUCGGCAUUGCGCUGUCGGUGGUCGUCGCCUUCACCGGCGCAUCGGCGUCCGUCGGGUUGGUUCAAAGCAAACGCGAGUAGUAGAAGCACGUCCCCCCCUCAAUCCUUUGCACGUACAAUUGAGUGUGGAACAAGCAUCGCCUUAAGCGUUCCCAUGUGAUGAUAUAUCUGCGAUGAUGUUUCUAAACGACGCGAGAUAUCAUACAUAUAUGAUGUGUUCACAUCUGGGUUCGCCUCCAAUAAUGUACUAGUAACGUUCUGGGUGUCCAA